AGCUAUUUACUGAGCAAAAAGCAUUUACGGAGUAAUAUAUAACGCAAUGAGGACUGAGGAUAUAUACUACAUAUAUGCAAUCAAUGACCAAAGAGAGAAGCGUACGUACGGUGGCUAUGGGCGAUUGACAAGCCCAGUGGGAGUCGAGACCUAUUCAAUUGGUGGCGAAAAGAGAAGAGUGUGAUGAGAGGAGGACUGGCUGAGGUAGGGUUUUUAAUUUUAGGGUACACGGCUGGAUUGCGACUUAUUAUACAAGAGAUGGUCUUUUUUUAAUGCAACACGUCUAGUCCACUGGUGCUACGCUAGGAUGCAAAGUUGCCCGAAAUUGGAUGCCUAUGCGAGGAAUGUGGAACUAGGCAAGUCGAUCUACCAUGGCAAGAGCAGCAUGGUGUUGGGACGCCAAGGCCACACCGUGUUAACUAUGAACAUAACUUGAGUAUUGGUCAAAACAUUAUUCAUCUUGUUUUAGACAAAUAACAAAUCUGAAGGUAUUCUUGUAAACAUAACUUGAGUUGUAGCUAGAUACAAAACACGAGGUUCCAUCUUUAAAUCUGUCAAUCAACUUUGUUUUUCACUGCCUCUCUAUUUUCGAGUAGGGGCUACGUCUGCGUACCUCUAUUUUCGAGUAGGGGCUAAGUCUGCGUACACACACCCUCCCCAAACCCUACUCUUGUGGGAUCCAAGAGCAGGGUCUUGGAUUUUUCAUUGCUUGAUGUUUUGAGUUAUUAACGAAUAUAUACUCAUUGGUUAUAAUUCAAUCGUUUCAUGAAAGUGCUCUUUGCUUCACCAUUGAAAUGUUCAAUUAAUAUUUUCCAGAUCAUGAAUGCAAUAAAUGCACAACCAUGGAUCCAUGAGGAUCUUACUGCAGUCAUUUCCCAUUUCUUGAGCAUUGUUCAGACUAUGUAUCAACGAUGUAGGUCAUCUUUGGAGGUUUUAUUUUCAUCUGUGGGCUGUCAGGAUCUUGGGCCCACACAGCUUCUUACGGACUAUUUAGAGGUAAUGGACUUCAUAAAUGAUGCUAUUGUAUCCAUGGAUGCAUUUGUUAGUGCUUACAACCAGUCUGCUGUUUCUUUCUCUAGCCCUGUUGAAAUAAGUCAUGGGAAUGAGGAGAUGCUCACUACCCUUGCAAGACUACAUGAUUCCCUGCUACCAUCCCUACAGCAAGGUUUCCGAAUAAUAUUUGCAUCUAAAGAUAAUGGCUCCUCAGAUGUAUCCAAUAGUAUGCAUUGCAACGUUUAUCUCAGUUUGAAAAUGUUGUCAACAAGGAUAGUAAGUUUUGGCUGGAAACUACUAUACUUGUGCUAUCUGAGUGAUGAAGCUUUCAAUGGAAGCUACCCCAUUCAUGUAGGCAUUAAAAUGUUUCCUUCAAAUGUGGAAGAUCCUAUCAUACGGACAGACAUUCUUUUACAGAUAAUCAGGGAUAUCAAUGCAGUAUAUUUGCAGUCUCUAGAGAGACAUAGUAAAGGAACAUUUCUUCAAAGAAUUGAAGAAAAUCACAAAAUAAUGUCUAAGAUUCAACUGUUAAGAAAUGCAGGUACUGUAUUAUGUAAUUAUUAUUCAUAACUGGUUUUUAUCGUUUGCCUCAUUUAUUGCAUACAUUUCUUCAUCAUUCUGCAAAUACAUGCUGUAUUUUUAAAACCUGUACCUAGGCCAGCAUAUUCACCCCUAAGCACUAGGCUACCCUUUGGGCUGAUCAAAUGGGUUUGUGUUCUUUUCCUGAGUUGGGUUCAAUUUGGUUCUGAGUGGAGUGGGGAUAUGAUUUCUAAAUUAAAACCAAACUUUUUUUGGGCAGGUUUGAGGCAUUUCGUUGUUAGUGUGUAAGGCGUAAGUUCAAGAUGUUUUGGGUUAACAUACAAAAACAUAAGUAAAACUUUAAGAAAUAAAAUAAAACAUAACAAAUAAGAUACAAAAACAUCAAUUAAACUCCAAGAAACUUAAACCCAACAACUCAACAACUUCACAACCAUGAUGUCGAAUAGUGCAUGAUAGGGAAAAAAUGCGAAAUGCAUUACAUCGAUGAAUGUAAUUGAGGAUCAUCUGUAGGAAGUUGUUUAAAAUUUGGAUUAAAACCACUUGUAUCUCCGACACAACAUGUUACGUAUAUCACUAUACAAACACAAUCUUUUUAAUAAUAACAUGGAAAAAUU